AUGGAACUUGGAAGGAGGAAUACCAAGAAAUACACUUUCAAAUGUCCUGAUUUAACAGAGUUGAAGAAGCUUGGUUCUAUGAUAGUUAGUCCAGAGGAUUUCAGAGCUCAGUAUGGAAGACUUAUGGGUAUCUUGAAGACCAAGGUUGAAGAUGGAGUUCUCAACACCCUGAUACAUGGCUCAGAAAAGACCUCUACAUCAGCAGCUAUUGCUAAAGCACUUCACCUAGAAACGUUUGUUGUGAAGACCAACUUCACUAAAAAAGGAGGGAUUUUAGGUCUAACCUCUAGAUUCCUGUUGGAGAAAGCCUUUAUCUUUGUAGAAGCAGAUACUAGAGAUGCCUUUGAAGCCAUUUUUGCUCUACUCAUUUAUGGAAUUGUGCUCUUCCCAAACAUUGAUGACUUUGUGGAUGUUAAUGCUAUACAAAUCUUCUUAAUUGGUAACCCAGUACCCACAUUACUUGGAGAUACAUACCUUUUUAUCCAUCACAGGACAAAGAAAGGUGGUGGAAACAUUCUUUGUUGUUCACCUCUCCUAUAUAAGUGGUUUAUUUCUCACUUACCCAGAUCCAGGCUCUUCAGGGAGAAUCCACAGAAGCUCAGAUGGUCUCAGAGACGCCAGUUAGGAUAUCCUAUGGUGGAUAAACCCGAUAACCUUCUGUUGUCGGGUAUCUUUUACCUUAAUGAAGAAGAGAGUUCCGGUCUGAAGGAUAGAAUCAUACAUGCUUGGCGCAACAUUCACAGGAAAGGAAAAGACCGAUUAGGAAGAAAUAAUUGUGUUGCUUUUGAGCCCUACACCCAAUGGGUUUGUGCUAGAGCCAGUGAAUUUAAGAUGCCCUAUGCUCUUGAGAAACCUUCAUUCCCUUUUGCUAUAACAUCAUCAUCCACCAUUCCUAUUGAGAAUAGGGAAGAGUUUCAAGAAGUUUUGGAUAGGUUGAAAUUGGAAAGAGACACUUGGGAAGGCAAGUACCAUGUCUUGAAUGAUAAGAAGAUGAAGAUGGAGCAGCAACUAAAGGAGAAGAAUGAUUUGAUUGAGAUCUUGGAAUAA